GAGCUGUUACACCUUUCUCCAGAGUCGUUGGUGGCUACCCCUUGCCAAUGGGGCAAUUCCCUAGCAAACCUGGUUGCUUCUCUUUGCUUACUGCUGCCUGACAGAAUAACACAUGUAUGUAUGUAUUUUAACUGAUGAUUUAUUUGGCUUAAGACUUCCCUCUUAGAGCCUGAGUUAUCAGUAAUAUAGAAAACAGCAGAGAACCCUGUAUGGAAAGUCAAGAGACAGUGCAAGUACAAGAUUUAAAUGAGAGUUUGAAAAUGAGCCAAGAAAAAAUUGAAAUAUUUGAAAGUGAGUUGUCAGAAGAAAGGAGAAGGCAAUUGGCAUCUGAUUUUACUACUAUACAGAAGGCUUUGAAAGUUGAAAGUGAGGGAUUGCAAAAAUCAAAGUCAGAACUUAUAUACCUUUACAAUGAAAUUCAAAGUAUUCCAGGGGCAUCAGAAAAUGGAGACCAUUUUUUAGUAAAAUAUAACCAGCUACAAAGAGAGAACUCUGAAUUAGAAACAAAGGUCUUGAAGCUUUCACAAGAAUUUGAACAAUUAAAUCAUUUUACUGUAGGGAGAAAUACUACACCUGCUAAUUUAAUUGCAAGUGAAAAUAUCUGUAAAGAUCUUGGGUCUAAACUAACAGUUUUGGAAGUAGAGAUUCAAAGCCCAAAGGAAGAGAAAGAGGAAUUCUGUCCUGAACAAGGAGAAAGUAAGCAGAAGGAAAUUGCAGAGGAGUCAGUAAAUGAGGGCACUUUGCCAGGAGAGAGGCAGAAGGAGGAGGACUCACAACAGAACCAAAAUAUGGAGGGUGAAGGACAGCAGUUGAUCUUGAAGCCUGAGGAAAUCAAGAGGCUUAGAGAAGAGCUGAAUCGUAUAAAUCAAAGCCUCCUGCAAUCUCAGAGCUCAGGGGAUAGUUCAGAUGACAAUAGUGCCAAGUGUCCAUCAUCUGGAGAGAAGGUGAAAUACCAGCAGCAAGAUGGUGUAGACCAGCUUCGUCAGAAUUUGCACCGGCUCCAGAUUCUGUGUAACUCGGCUGAAAAUGAGCUCCGGUAUGAGCGAGGAAAGAACCUGGACUUGAAACAGCAUAAUAGCUUACUUCAGGAAGAAAGCCUUAAGAUCAAAAUUGAACUAAAGCAGGCCCAGCAGAAGUUAUUAGAUAGCACAAAGAUGUGCUCUUCACUCACAGCAGAAUGGAAUCACAGUCAGCAGAAAAUCAGGGAACUGGAGCUGGAGGGACUUACACAGGCUCAGAGCAUCAAAUCCCAGAACAACCUGCAGGAAAAGCUGGCUCAGGAGAAAUCAAAAGUUGCUGAUGCGGAGGCAAAGAUCCUGGAUCUGCAGCAGAAAUUAGAACAUGCUCAAAAAGUCUGUCUCUCCGACGCUUGUAGUUUGGGGAUGAAGCAACUAGAGCAAAGAAUAAAAGCAGCACUGGAAAAUGAAGCUAAAACAAAGCAGCAAUAUCAGGAAGAACAGCACAAGAGGAAACUCCUGGGUCAGAAUUUAAAAGAGCUACAAAAGCAAGUGAGAAUCUUACAAGAUAAAGGGAAUCAACUGGAAAUAACCAAUUCUCAGCAGCAAUCCAGAAUUCAGCAACAGGAGGCCCAACUCAAACAACUGGAAGAGGAAAAAAGAAAAUCGGAAGAGCAUCUCAGAAGCAACCGAGAAUUAUCAGAAAAGAUAUCUGGGCUGCAGAAGGAGAAAAAAGCGCUCUGUGAAGAAUAUGGGCAGUUUCUGAAGCAGCUUGAUGUCCAUGUGAGAACCUAUAAUGAGAAACAUCACCAUCACAAAGCCAAGCUUCGCAGAGUCAAGGACUGUUUAAGUCACAAAAUAGAACUACGAGAUAAGAGAAUUGAACAACUGGAAAAUGAAAUCAGAGGUCUGCAGCAGCAAAUGGAAAAGAAAAAGGCAUUCCAGGAUGAGGUCAUUGCUCAAAAUAAUAUACUGCUCCUAGAGAAAAGGAAACUUCUGGAACAAGUCACAGAGCAAAAAGAAUUGAUCUACAACAAUAAAUUGUUAAUAUCUUCAGUCCAGAACAGAGUACUUCCUCUGGAUAAAGAAAAUAAGCAAUUGCAGGAAACCAGUAUGCUUACACAGCAGGUUGUUAUCUUAGAGCAUAUCACAAGGAGCAUCCAGGCUUACAGAGGAGAGAUAAGAUGCAUGCUUCUGUCGUGUCCUUCAUAUAAAAACACAAUUUCUGACAUCCCUGAAUUUGAAUUGUUGAAUAAAAUCUUGCCCUUACAAGACUCCAGUUUUUCAGGAACAGGUUUGGUAGCGUCGGGCAGAAGUCUUCAAGAGAUUACAAAAACAUACAUCAGAAGCAGCAACGAUAAAUCCCAAUUUCCAGAGUCUCUUUCGUGUUCACGGAAUUCUGAAGCUAGAUACAUGAACUUGGCUUUUAUGAAAGAGACACAGCACAUCCAAGAACAAGACCCAAAAUCAGAGCCAUAAAAUCACUGGUGGCCAAAACUAGACUGAUAAAGCUGCUAACUUAAAGCAUGAGGGUGGAACAUGACACGUAAAAGAGUUACCAAGGAUCCCCACUGGACAUCAACGAAGAGUCCUCGUCCUCAGAAUUGCUGAUAAAUGUAUUAAACUAGUUGUAAAAAUGGA